AUGGAGAAGAAAGAUGGUGGGCUUCAGAAUCUUCAUUUCUUCAAGCCUCUCUUGCCUGGUUUCUCGAAGAAACUGGUGUUUCCUACUGCUUUUGUCAAGCAGAUUGUGAAAGCCGAGAAAUUCAAAACAAAAACAGCUACCUUAAUCAGUCCUAAUGGGGGAUCAUGGCAUGUCAAUGUUUAUAUGGAUUAUAACUCAGAGAAUUGCAUGUAUUUUACUGGAGAUGGGUGGCUAAGAUUCAUACGUGCACAUAAGUUACGGGAAGGAUACUUCCUAGUGUUCUGCUACAAAGGAAAUGCGUUGUUCAAGUUUAGAGUGUAUGACUUGAGUGCAUGUGACAUAACCUCCUAUGCUUCUAUUGAUGCUCACGAUGAUAAUGGUAAUGAAAAUGUGAAGGUCAAUACGAAAAGUAAGAAUAUUAGUAAACAGAGGAAAAUGAAGGAGAAGAUAAGAGUGAUCGAGGUUGCAGAUGAGGACGAAUUUGAGGAGGAUGACGGGGACAAGGAGAGAGAAAUUACUGAAAAGGAGGAGCAGGAAAAGAAGAAAGUAUUAGAAGUCAGACUCAAGAAAGAAAAAGGUUUCUGUAUGCUGUUGGAUAUUAGAGAGUAG